AUGGAUGCUGCAGGCGGCGGCAGGGCGCUGCGGGUUGAGUUAGACGGCGCCAAUCGCCUUGCGGAGUUCCGUCUGCAGAAAGUCAUUGAGCUGAAAGCCGAAGUCCUGCGAUUGCGUCGUCUGCUGCUCAGUCUGCGGGGAGGCAGCGAGGCCCUGGAGCGUGUUGGCCUGACGAAAAAAAAAAGAAACAGCGGCGAGUCCCUCGCGACAUGCAUGGCGGAGGCGACAAAAUCAGGGGUAACGAGAUUGACGCAGGAGAAGCGGCGGGUGCUGUCAUCUCCGUCACCGUGCAUAUACACCGCUACGGCUGCUGCUGUUUCUACUGAGCAUGUGAUGUCACCUGGGCCGCGUGUCUUUUCCAUGGCGUCUUGCGUGAGUCGUGGGGCGAGCCGCACCCCAAUCGCCGCACAGCGAAGACAAGAAUCCUCUGCAGCGCGGUGUGGGUCCCACCGGCUGUCAUCGCCGUUGCUUCUCACCUCGUCAUCUUUGUCCACGAAAGCAAAACCGAAGGCGACAACUCGUCCUUUUAUUAAACUUCACACCGGCGUUGAGCUACGCGGCCCAAAGACAUUCCGGCGUGUACCUCCGCCAUUGUCACUGGCGACUUGUCUGGAGGAGGCUGCCCACACCACCUCCAUGCCUACUGCUACUACUACUGCUCUGGAUGUGUUUUCUGCUGGCGCUAUCACCCCGCCAGCAUCACCAUCGUCGCGUUUCUGUUCUUCUCUCGCUAUUCGUCAGGAACACGAGGGUGUUCGGGAGGCCCUUGCGAUGCUGCGCGGCAUUGUGCUGCGUGCCGACCGCAGUAUGCUUUCGACUCUAACGACGCUUAGCAAUCGACGUCAUAUAGAUCAUGCCCUUCCCACUGCUCUGGCAGAGUUCAAGCAGUGCCUGUUGCGUGUGCAUCCUUCAUUGGGCGACAAAUUGCACGAUGGCGAGGCGUGGUGUAUUGACGAGGCUGAGAGGGAUGCGUUGGAGGUGAUGGAGGUGCCUGGAAUGGCAGCUGCACUGCGGGAUGUUGUCAUCACCUACGACUACACGGCAUGCAUCCACCAGAAUAUACUUCACCAGGAGGAUGGCAUGGUAGGCGUGAGACUCGGGAAGGCAUUCCAUGAGUUCCACGCCAACAUUUAUGUGCUGCUCGCCCUGGCGCAGUGUGUCCCCGCUGCGCUUCGCUAA